AUGGCGAACCUCGAGCCGGUGGAGAAGACCGCGGUCGUGUCGGACUCGUUCGGCGCCGAUGCGGCGCCAGCAAUUCGGGCGCGGCCGACUCGCUCCAGUUCGGCGCAGCUCGCCUUGGAGCCCACCGCGCUCUUAAAUCGCCUCGAGACCAUGCUCCUCGGCAACCAUCCCGUCCCCGCACCCUCCAACGAGGUCAGCAUCGUCGGCGAGGUCACCAACGGCAUCAUCAUCGCCGCGAAAGCUGCCGUAAACACGCUCUUUUUGUCGCAGCGGCGCGGCGCGCUGAUGGCUCUCCAGAUAAAGAACCUGAAGAAGGCUGCGCUGGCGUACCUUGUGUGGGACCUACGCGGCGAGCUGGCGGGCGCGCGACUCGAGCAGGCGGUCGUGUACGGCAAGCGGCUCGAGACACACGCGAGCGGCGUGGACAAGGAGUUGGGCAAGUGCAAGCGGCGGCAGGCGGGCGCGGAGGCGCUUCUCGCUGUCGUUCCAGAAACUUUGCAGGACGUGCCGACGCCAGAGGAGCCCGCGGUCGAGGAGGAGCCGGCUGUCGAGGACCUGCCUGCCAGCGACUCCCGUCCCGACGACGCGUCUUCGGACAGCGAUCGGGAAAGCGUCUUCGAACGCCGGGUGACCCGUCGGAUGAUCGACGCGGGCCUGAACGAGGCGCAAUUCGAUGAUAUGCGGAACGUUUACGGGAUUCAGCUCGCCCACGAGGACAAGUGCCACGAGUGUGCCAAGCUGCAGGCUCGGGCAGUGAAACUGUAUGAUAUGCUCCUCCCGUACCUCGAGCGCGACUGGGCAGCCUCCGACCAGUCCGCCUUCGUCAACGCCGGGGCGACGUUUAUCGGAGGUUCCAUCCACGCGUCGAUCGCUGACCGGGGAGCCUGGGAUGACGGUAGUUACGGGGGCGGCGCCGUCUUCAGAUUCACGACAUCUGAUAACGUGUUUGUCAGUCGACGUCCUGGGAUGGGCGGUGGUUAUGACUACGCAAUGUUCCGCGCUGAGCACAGCGCCAUGCCUGGCGAUGAGGGCUGGAUCAAAUGUGCCUCCGCCGUCUCCGCCUUCUCCGCCGUCGCUGCCGCCUUCUCCACCGCCUUCUCCGCCUUCUCCGCCGCCUUCUCCGCUGCCGCCCCCACCUCCAUCUACUCCGCCGCCCUCGCUACCGCCGUCUGCACCACCGCCAGCUGCUCCGCCGCCCUCGCUGCCGCCGUCUGCCCCACCGCCAGCUACUCCGCCGCCCUCACUGCCGCCGUCUUCCCCGCCUCCAUCUGCUCCGCCGCCGUCUACACCACCUCCAUCUGCUCCGCCGCCCUCGCUGCCGCCGUCUACGCCACCUCCAUCUGCUCCGCCGCCCUCGCUGCCGCCGUCUACGCCACCUCCAUCUGCUCCGCCGCCCUCGCUGCCGCCGUCUACGCCACCUCCAUCUGCUCCGCCGCCCUCGCUGCCGCCGUCUACGCCACCUCCAUCUGCUCCGCCGCCCUCGCUGCCGCCGAGGCCUCACUGGGGACCCGCAUCUACACUUUGCAGACGGCGGCGAAGCCGACUUCCGCGGAGAAGAUGGUGCUAUAUACGCGAUGCUUCACCAUAGUGGCCUCGCAGUGA